AGUUCUGUUUGGUUCCUAGUGAAUACACUCCUUGGUUCAGUGUUGAGGCUGGGUAGUUUACUGUCAUUAUUCUGAAGUUCUGUUUGGUUCCUAGUGAAUACACUCCUUGGUUCAGUGUUGAGGCUGGGUAGUUUACUGUCAUUAUUCUGAAGUUCUGUUUGGUUCCUAGUGAAUACACUCCUUGGUUCAGUGUUGAGGCUGGGUAGUUUACUGUCAUUAUUCUGAAGUUCUGUUUGGUUCCUAGUGAAUACACUCCUUGGUUCAGUGUUGAGGCUGGGUAGUUUACUGUCAUUAUUCUGAAGUUCUGUUUGGUUCCUAGUGAAUACACUCCUUGGUUCAGUGUUGAGGCUGGUAGUUUACUGUCAUUAUUCUGAAGUUCUGUUUGGUUCCUAGUGAAUACACUCCUUGGUUCAGUGUUGAGGCUGGUAGUUUACUGUCAUUAUUCUGAAGUUCUGUUUGGUUCCUAGUGAAUACACUCCUUGGUUCAGUGUUGAGGCUGGUAGUUUACUGUCAUUAUUCUGAAGUUCUGUUUGGUUCCUAGUGAAUACACUCCUUGGUUCAGUGUUGAGGCUGGUAGUUUACUGUCAUUAUUCUGCAGUGAUUCAAAUAGCCUCAUUGUGUAGUGAUAUGGAUUAUGGUAGUGGGCAGCAGUGGAGGCUGCUGAGGGGAGGAAGGCUCAUAAUAAUAUCUGGAACGAAGCCAAUAUAAUGGCAUCAUGUAUGUGUUUGGUGUAUUUGAUAGCAUUCCACUAAUUCCACUCCAACCAUUACCCUGAGCCCCUCCUCUCCAAUGAAGGUGCCCCCCUGUGGUGUACAGUUUGUAAGGUAUAGUCCUCCACAGACAGUACAGAGUAGAGGGGAAGAGCAGGGUGGCAAUGAGAAGAGUAGUGUUGCAGUGGGAAGGGCAGGGUGGCAGUGGGAAGAGCAGGGUGGCAGUGGGAAGAGCAGGGUGGCAGUGGGAAGAGCAGUGUGGCAGUGGGAAGAGCAGUGUUGCAGUGGGAAGGGCAGGGUGGCAGUGGGAAGAGCAGGGUGGCAAUGAGAAGAGUAGUGUUGCAGUGGGAAGGGCAGGGUGGCAGUGGGAAGAGCAGGGUGGCAGUGGGAAGAGCAGUGUGGCAGUGGGAAGAGCAGGGUGGCAGUGGGAAGAGCAGUGUGGCAGUGGGAAGAGCAGGGUGGCAGUGUGGGUGGUAGCCUUCGGCAUGGGCCUGGACAAGUCGGACGUGCGCGGCAUCGUGCACUACAACAUGCCCAAGAGCUUUGAGAGCUACGUGCAGGAGAUCGGGAGGGCAGGGAGAGACGGGGUACCAGCCCACUGUCAUCUCUUCCUGGAUCCUGAGGGAGGGGACCUGCAUGAGUUGCGGAGGCACAUCUAUGCGGAUACAGUGGACCACUAUACUGUGAAGAAGAUAGUGCAGAAGGUGUUUCCUCCCUGCAAGUGCAGACAGAUCCACCAGAAACAGCAGGACUUAGCCAGGACUCAGGAGGAGGUUGACGACUCCGAGAUGAUGGAACUGAUGGACACCUGUGAUGAGAACCCAGUUGAAACACCGGAACACACAACGGAGACUGGUCAGAACACCCCUGUCCAGCAGUUGGAACAGGCCAAAGUUCCUACUGAGGAUGUAUCAACUUUUCAACCACUGGACAGGGAGCAGGAACACCCACCAGAGUCAAGUGUUCCAUUUCCCCAGAGAGGGGAGGGCGAAGAGGAGGAGCAGACCGGGGGAGGUGAGGAUUGGCCCACGACUAGGGUGUGUCACACCCAUGAGAGGGCCAUAUCUAUGCAGGACACUGUGGAAGGCCUGGACAUCACUGAGGAAGGUUUGGAGACUCUGCUGUGCUACCUGGAGCUGCACCCUCAACAGUGGGUAGAGCUGCUCCACCCCACCCUCUCCACCUGUAAGAUGGUCUGUUACAACGGCCCGCAUCAACUCCGCAAACUCACCAAAAUCUGCCCACCUGUUGCCGUAGUGUUAGCCCGGAAACGGCUGGCAGGGGAGCGAGUGGAGACCUGUGAUUCGGUGGACUUUGACGUGGUGGAGGUGGCAGACACUAUGGGCUGGCAGCUGGGUCUGGUGAAGAGAGGCCUCCGACAACUACAGUGGGCCACUAACAGAGGAGUCUUGGUGGAGUUCUCCAACCUGUCCUUCUACUUCCGUUCCUACGGUGACUUGACCCCAGAUGAGAUGGACCGGGUGUGUGAGUUCCUGCAUGGCAGGGUGGUGGCCCAGGAGAGGACCAAACUGUACCAGCUCAAAGCCUGCUUCAAGGCCUUCCGCAGCGUCGCAUACAAGAGCUGCAGUUUCUGCACGGACAAGCUGGACGAGAGCCGAAGCCUGAAGCUGAAAGGGCUUCUGGGGGAUUACUUUGACAAGAGGAGAGAACUGGACCUGAGCAGGAAGUUCCAGGAGGAGAAGGAUGAUGAGGAGGAGGUGUUGUUGAAAUGCAAGAUGAAGGACUUCGAGGGUCAGAUCAGAGCAGAUAUUCAGAGUUUCCUGGGCAACCGCAGUGAUGAGAAGUUCUCUGGCAGAGCCGUCGCUAGAAUAUUCUUUGGAAUUGGUAAGUUUUCCCAUUUUUAAAAUGUUUUAUUUUGCAAACGCCCAGAACUACUUCAGUGUCUAAUAAUAUAGUAUGCUGGCUUCUUGUCACUAGGGGGGUGGCUUGCUUAGUGCCAUGUGUCUGAACUGUAUGGGCCCAGUUGUGCCAGUCACUUUUAUGCAGUCAGUGAUGAUCAUUGAUUUUCAAUCAGUGUUACAUUAUGGGGAUUAAAUUGUCCGACUUGAGCCUACAUGAUCUAAGGUCAUGCAGUCCACUGCACCCUGAAGCCAUUGCAGGAGGUUCAAUCAUUUAGUGUUUUUGCUUGACCCACUCAAACGUGGCCAAAGACUUGACUGGAACCAACUUUGUGGCUGAGUCAUAGCUACGGUACAAUAGUGUAGGCCUAAGAGUAUACAGUGUGAUAUUUAAUUUCUCUGUCUAACCUAUUGAUUGUAGACAUGUUUUCAGUGUGAGGGUGUGAUACAGAGGGGGGGUAGAUAAAAGUUUAUUUGGUGUGACGGAUCAGCUAGUCUGAAACACCUUAACACAGGUGAGAGAGGCAUGAAAUGAAAAGACUGGAGGCAGUGGUUCUGGUUCCUUUUGGAUUGUCUCUAAAUGGGAUUUCUUUCGCCUAACAAAAUAGUUCCAGUACAAGGUAGCGUCCAACGCUGAAACGGCAUAAAGAAAAAAGUACAUAAACUAAGCAGCAGACCAAAAGGCCGUGGCCAAAAAACAACAGACGGCUCCCCUUGUCUUUAGACUAUCGUCUCCAAGUCAUAUUUAGAGGGGGAAUGCUUCCCUCUAUCAAUACCCAUAGAGCCAAGGUGCAUCAGAUGAAGACACUUUCAGUAGGAAAGUCUGACGUCCUCACAGGUCCCCGUGUCUUCUCCCAAUCCACCUCGAGCUCAUCUCCUGGCACACCUAUAUAGAGGGAGACACCAAGUCAAUUAGUGGGCCCAGGUGUGUACUAAUUGGCUUUACACUGAGUACCUAUCCCCGGAGGAGGGAUAGUAUUUUCCUCUGGCUGGUCACUGAAACCUAUAAACAAUGGCUGCUAUAUUUACACUGCCAAGUUGAAAUAAGACUUGAUUUUGGAAAGCCGCUUUAGUAAGUCAACUGGAACACCCUCUAUAGUGUUAGUAAGUCAACUGGAACACCCUCUAUAGUGUUAGUAAGUCAACUGGAACACCCUCUAUAGUGUUAGUAAGUCAACUGGAACACCCUCUAUAGUGUUAGUAAGUCAACUGGAACACCCUCUAUAGUGUUAGUAAGUCAACUGGAACACCCUCUAUAGUGUUAGUAAGUCAACUGGAACACCCUCUAUAGUGUUAGUAAGUCAACUGGAACACCCUCUAUAGUGUUAGUAAGUCAACUGGAACACCCUCUAUAGCGUUAGUAAGUCAACUGGAACACCCUCUAUAGCGUUAGUAAGUCAACUGGAACACCCUCUAUAGUGUUAGUAAGUCAACUGGAACACCCUCUAUAGUGUUAGUAAGUCAACUGGAACACCCUCUAUAGUGUUAGUAAGUCAACUGGAACACCCUCUAUAGCGUUAGUAAGUCAACUGGAACACCCUCUAUAGCGUUAGUAAGUCAACUGGAACACCCUCUAUAGCGUUAGUAAGUCAACUGGAACACCCUCUAUAGCGUUAGUAAGUCAACUGGAACACCCUCUAUAGCGUUAGUAAGUCAACUGGAACACCCUCUAUAGCGUUAGUAAGUCAACUGGAACACCCUCUAUAGCGUUAGUAAGUCAACUGGAACACACUCUAUAGCGUUAGUAAGUCAACUGGAACACACUCUAUAGCGUUAGUAAGUCAACUGGAACACCCUCUAUAGUGUUAGUAAGUCAACUGGAACACCCUCUAUAGUGUUAGUAAGUCAACUGGAACACCCUCUAUCUUUUGUUUCCAGGAAGCCCAUGUUACCCAGCUCAGACCUUCGGCAGGGACAAGAGAUACUGGAGAAAAUACAUCCAGUUUGAUUUUAAUGAAAUCAUGCGCAUUGCUAUUCAGGAGAUCAUUCGAUUCAAGUGAUGUAAUACCUACUCUAUCUAAAAAAGAAAAAGAAGUAAAUAAUGUAAAACAUUUAAAGAAAUCUUACCUCAGUUGCAUCCAUUAACACAUUCUUUUAUUAUUUAUAAAUGGCUGUUUUAUGGUUUCUCUAUUUUUUGUUUGUUUGGUAUACUGUACAUUUCAUGUAAUGUUCUUUGUAUGCCCAUUUAAUAAAAUAUAUUUUGUAUGCAA